UUGGGGAAGUGGAUGUGAGAGGCAGAGAAGUCAUUUACAACCAAGUAUGCAAGUUUUGCUAGGGAUUUUGAGUCGUCUAUCUUGGAUUGGGAUAUAUCUGGGUGUGGGUUGUUGCCGGCUGUUCCUCAUCUCUUAUAGGGCAACUGGAUAAUAUGAUGACACACAACAUGAUUCUUGCGGGAUCAGUGGGACUUAAAUUACAGAUAGGCCAACUGUCACCGUAGAGCCCACCACUCCACAUGGCUGCGCAAAGCCAUCCCCUUCCCUCCCCCCUUUGCUUUUCCCCUAUUUAAAAUCCCUACUUAUUCCCUUUAGAUUUUAUCAAGAGAGCUUCAGAUUUGGAGACUUUUAAAACCCUUCACUGAUCAGUCUUGCUUAACACACAGAAAAACUCAAGUUCUAGAUUGAGCUGCAGGCAUGGAAGUUGCCAUGGAGAAACUAGAGGAUGACUUGUUCUUUGCAGACUUAACUAAGCAAAUCUCCCUUCUAAUUAUGGAUGAUGAGGAGGACCCUAUGGCAACUUACCCUUCAGUUUCUCUUCAGGCUUUCUCUUGUGCAAUCCAUCCACCUGCACAUCCUGUCUUUCGGUAUGAGCAAUCCUGCAGAAGAGAAACCAAAGGAACUGGAGUUUUCAUCCCCCAAUCAACACAUUCAAGAAGAAAGCACAGACAGGGAAGGUUUGCUUCAUACAACCCAAAAUCCCACAGAUCGUCACAAGCUGAUCACAACAAAAGGAUGGUUUCCCAAGUAUCUUUGGACUGCGCUUUUAGACGGAAAAAUGGAUGAGAUUUAGAACCAAAAUUAUCAAGAAUUAUUGUACAAGGCAAUAAAUUUCUGCUGAUGAGUCCCUUUGCCAAACAUGGCAAGCUUUAAGGCAAGGCAAGGAAAGGCUAUUUACUUUUGUUCCCUAAUUACUCUGUCAAGGGGAAGCUUACCAAAGCGUAUAGGUUUGUACCCCCUUUGAAUUGUACAUGUGUGGGGGAUUUUUAAGUUGGAUAUAGGAUGAGCUUUUCUCUAAUUCAUUAAAUCGUUUUAUUUUGAUUUCAAUUUGAUUAUUUGUCCAAAAUGUUGUAUGGCAUUAGCUUAAUUUGAAUUAAGUCAAGAUAUGUGAGUUACGUUAGUUGAUCA